UCUCUCUCUCUCUCUCUCUCUCUCUGUAUACAAUAAAUAUAUUUUCCAAAAUGGUCUUGUAUUCGCAUUUCUAUUUAUUAUCCUCAAAUUACAUGUUCUUCUUCUUAAGGAUCUCGACGCUUUUAUUUUGAAUAUUUCAGACCGGAUGUGACGUCACGCACGCAGCCUAACCCUGUUCGUGAAGCCGUAACAACGUUCCCUAUGGACGAAGAAAACUGCGCUGAAAUCGCGAACACAGGCGUCGGGCUUCCUCUGGCGUCCCUGCGGCUGCUGGUUCCUCCGCUGCACCUGAUGUCUGCCUUCAUGUGGCAGGUGCUGCAGCAGAAGAGCGUGAUGCAUUAUGGGAAGCUGGAGGAGUUCGUUUCCAUGGUGACGGAGACGCUGCCGCAGCUGCUGGCGUACAGGCCGAGAGCGCAGCUGAUGCUGGGCCUGAGAGCCAGGAUGGUGUUGGAGUUGUGUCGUGCUCCGGCGAGCGUCAGAUCCAUGCAGCCCCACCUGGACAAAAUACAGAUUCCAGCAGCUCCGGCCGGACACCCGGGUCCUGACGCUGAUCUGAGAACAUCCGUCACUAAUUUCAAAGCUCUGGUUCUGGCGCUGCUGAAGGAUCCGGUGGAGAAAGCCUACUUCUUCCAGGAGGUGUUUCCGGUGGAGUAUGGGGCGCGGUUCGACACGGCGCUGAAGGAGCUGAUGUGGGAGCUGCUCUCCUGCCUGGAGAAACUGCUUCCUGUGCCCGACUUUAAAAAAACGCUGGCGUGGCUCAAUCCUGCUCCCGCUGGUCUGGAGGACUGUAUGCGGACCGACCCGAACGACCUGCACCUCCUCCUGCAGCAGCAUCAGCUGUUUGGAGGCGCAGAAACUCACAGCUGGCAGAAAGGCAAAGUGGGCGCUGUUCCUCGCUCCUCCGGCGACUGCAUCCUCUCCUCUCUGUCCGUCCCCCCGUCCGCACGCGUGACUCUCGCCGCAGAGCCGUUGCUGUACCACGUCCAGUCGUCGGCGGUGGCCAUCUUGAGUCCGGCCGCUCUGGGUCAGCUGGGCUCGGACACCAUCAUCGUCACAGACUACACGGAGGUGGAGCUCAGCAGCCAGGAGGAGUCGGUCGAGCUGAUGGAGAAGGUGGACGCUGACGGCGUGGAGGUGCUGCUCGUAGACCAGAGUCCUGUUGUGUCUGUAGAAGCUGCUGCGCUUUUCACUGACAAACCGACGCAAGGUGACGCUUCACGCGGAGCCGCGACAGCAACGUCCCAUAAUGAGACGCAGAAUGACAACGGCCUACAGGACGAAGUCUUGACGGAAGAAACCAACCAGCUGAACCCAAACGAUGAGAGAGACGGGGCUGAUGCAGGAAGUGACGCGUCUGCACCACAGGAAGCCAAAACAUCCGUAUCAGACGUUGACCAGAAACCGCCGCAGCGGAGAGGCAGAGGAAGGCCGAGAAAAAAUACAGAGACGACUGACCAAAAUGUCAUGGUAAAAACGCCACGCCGACGAGAACGACCCGCAUCGGUUAAACCGGAGAACGGCGCGGAGCAACGGAGUGCCGUCACAUCACACGGAGAUCGUAACGACGCCUCGGACGAGCCACCCAGCACACCCGAAACGCCUGCGAACGGAGCGGAAACCGCGGCGCCUUCCGCCGGCCCGUCUCGCGUGCGGAAGACCCGCAAAACCGAACCGCCGGCCGCCGACAACCCUCGCGCUCGGCACGCGUGCGACACCUGCGGCAGGAAGUUCACGCGCAGGUCCGACGUCCAGCGGCACCAGCUGACGCACACGGGCGAGCGUCCGUUCCACUGCGGCCAGUGCGAGAAGACGUUCCAGCACGCCUGGGAUCUGACCAAACACUGCCGCAAGACGCACGGCGAGGCCAGCUUCACCUGCCGCGUGUGCCGGAGCGCCUUCGCCAACCUGCGCGUCCUGACGGCGCACCACAAGAAGAGUCACGGCGGCGAGCUGCCGCACUACUGCUCCAUCUGCGGCGAGGCCAGUCCCACGCUCGGCGCGCUCGUGCAGCACCGCAAGACCCACAGCGCCACGCAGCAGUACCGCUGCGAACAGUGCGGCGAGGGCUUCGACACGCUGCUGCAGAGAUCCGUGCACCGGCAGAGCCACCGCAGGCGUCGCCAGUUCAAGUGCCCGCAGUGCGACAAGACCUUCACGCGCCGCACGGACGUCAAGAGACACCAGCUGAGCCACACGGGCGAGCGGCCGCAUCAAUGCUCCGUCUGCGGGAAGCGCUUCGGCCUCCGCGCGGGGCUCCAGAAGCACCUGGCGACGCACACCGGCGAGCGGCCGUUCCGGUGCCCGCACUGCGCCAAGAGCUUCACGCAGCCCUCCAUCCUGCGGCGGCACGAGCGCAUGCACACGGGCGAGCGGCCGUACCUCUGCUCGCAGUGCGGCAAGCGCUUCCUGUCGCUCGGCGAGCUCAUCAAGCACGACAAGACGCACGCGGACGAGCGGCCGCACUCGUGCCCGCAGUGCCACAAGGGCUUCAAGUUCAAACGAGCCCUGCGGGAGCACCUCCUGUCCCACAGCGGCGCACGGCCGUACCCCUGCGUCUACUGCGGCAAGAUGUUCGCCAAACCCUUCGCGCUCAACAGACACCACCUGAUCCACACGGGCGAGCGGCCGUUCUCCUGCGGCCACUGCGAGCGCACGUUCCUCACCUCCACCGAGCUGGCGCUGCACGAGCGCAUCCACACGGGAGAGCGGCCCUUCUGCUGCGCCGCGUGUCCCCGGAGGUUCCGCAGCUCGUCGGAGCUGGCCAGGCACCGGCGCAGUCACUCGCAGGAGCGGCCCUACAGCUGCGGCUACUGCCCCAAAGCGUACGCCAGCGCCGCCAAACUCAAGAGCCACACCAGGAUCCACACGGGCGAGAGCAAACCCAAACGCUCGGCCGUGACUGUCGCCGAAAUGAGCGUCACUUUAGAGUAAACGGUCGUUUGGUCUGGAACGAAAGCCUUCGUCGCCGGCUUGCGUGACGCCCGCGGAGUUUCUGCGUGGCUAGAGCUGCUUCUGCUGAUGCGACCGCGCUGUAUUCGACACGUUCGUCGUUGUGGACAACCAAAUUAAACUGUCGUUAGUUCUGAACUCAAGUACAGGUGCUAUAAUGUCCUUAAUGUGAAACCCGUCUGGCAUUGGCCAGUCAAACAGAUAGCCCCGCCCCAAACUCACCUCAUUGGAUGUGGGGCCGCUCAUACAAAACGUUCAAUAAAAGCCUGGCUUGAGCUCUAGAACUCUCUCCAACAGAUCAAGUUUAGCAGCAGUGAAGAUGAUUGUGUGGAAAAUGUCCACAAGGUGGCGCUCUCCACCAGAGGAGCUCAUAUACAGUCUGACUGUGAAAGGUGAAGGUGUGAAAGGUCUCUUCAUGCAGUUCAGAUGGAGCCGCAGGUGUUUUAUGUUCUUGAGACAUUCGUAUGUUUAUUUUAUCAUGCAUUUUUUUUUCAAAAGUCUAUUCAUUGGCGUUGUUUGAAUAUCAAAACAGAAGCAGGACACAAACAUGUAAAUAACACUAACAUGUAAAUAACACUAACAUGUAAACACAAAAGCACGUACUAAGAAGGUAAUUCACUGAGAAAUCAUCAGAUGAUCAUUCAUUUUGCUGAACUUGCUCUUUAUUUAUGUGGUUUCAGCCUCAGCCUCGCAUUGUACGUCGGGUUUCUUUGCUGUUUUGGAAACACGGAUACCAGCAGAAAGUGUGAAUGGGAAGGAAGGAAAUAAAAUGUGGUUUGCAGAACAA